CAAGUAAGCAACCUUCCCCUUUUAUUAGAGGUAGCUCAUAAUAAGUGAACGCUACUCAGCGGACAACUCACAUUAAAAACCCACCUUCUAUUCCAUCUUAAAACAAUGCCUACGUCUUCAAGAGAUAAAGCUACGCCUUCGGGUUUGGUCACGUUAGAGGCCUUAAAAUCGCUUUCUGGUAUCGAGAAAGUUGAAGCAUAUUUGAAAUUAGCCUCAGUAUCCCAGGAUCCAAAGGACAAUGGGUGGAUGACAGCUAUAACGCCUUAUUUAUCUAUCGUUUCGUACUCCUCUUCUCCCCCGCAUCCCAGCAUCACCUUCCGGUUCACCGUGCAACCGAUCCAUAGCAACGGGCUCGGUAACCUGCAUGGCGGAUGCGCGUCCACUAUUUUUGACGCAUGCACCACGCUGCCACUCCAUCUUAUCUCGAAACCUGGCUUUUGGCAGUAUACGGGCGUCAGCCGCACGCUCAAUGUUACAUAUCUACGGCCAGUUCCGGUUGGCACUAGCGUCGAUAUCAAAUGUGACAUUUUACAUGCCGGUCGUAAGCUAUGCGCGUUGAGAGGGGAGAUGAGAGCGGUGACUGAAGAUGGCCGAGAGGGACCUCUAUUGGUUGUCUGCGAGCACGGAAAAGCCAGUACGGAUCCGCCGGUUGGGAAGUUAUAGGCGCCCUCUAGUGCGUCGGAUGUUGUCGUUGUCGUUGCCCUCUGAUCUAGGAUGCAUGAUGCCAUCGCAGUGGGGAUAGGUGUUAAACCUGAAUAAGCAACCAACUUACUGAAUAUUUUGUUAAACUCUAAAUAUACUUCAUGAUAUAUCAGGUAUCUAUAAAGACCAGGCAAAAACACCUUGUACAUGCUAUAUCUCUAGCCAUAUCUGGAGUUUGGGUGCGAAGUUUGGCGUUCUAUAAAAUAAUAAUAAUAGUAAGCUACCUAGCUUAAGGUAGGUACUGUAAGAGGCUCAAAUCUAUCAACGUAUCCAUGUUUUGACGAUUCAUUAGUUAAAUAGUAUCCCUGCCGUAGGUCUUAUAUUUGCAAGACUUAUACUUAUUAGAGCUGCUGUCACAGGCACGCGCGCAACGUAAUAACGUAAACCUUUCGAGGUAGGUAUUGGUUUAUUUGAAAAGUACCAGUAGCUUACUUAACCAAUUGAGUUAAUGUAAUCCUGUAGCUUGUGUAGUGUGACAUUCAAGUUAAAAAAAUGACAUGUAAAAAAAGGAUUGUAUAGUUACGGUAAGAUUAAUAUUAAGGAGGUGAUGCUUCAGUGUUAUAGGCGGCAACAUGUUACGAACCAACGGCCCGAAGAGGCCAUAUCAAGUAGGGAAGCGGGGGACAACCAACAACGUUUUUCGGUUGAACCUCGGAUAAUUGGAUC